GAGGACCCCGCCGGGGCGGCCGCGGGCCUCGGCCUCCAUAGCAACAGCGUCCCCCUGGCGCUGGCGGGCGCGCCCGAGGCAGGCUUUCCGCCCGGAGCGGUCCCGGGCGGGGGGGCCGGGCCGCCCCCGGGGUCCAAGAAGCCGGACCUGGGGGCCCCGGGGGCAGGAGCCGCAGCUGGCGGCGGCGGCGGAGGACUCGAUGGACCGCGGCUGGCAAUUCCUGGAAUAGAUGGAGGUGCUUUAACUGAUACCAGUCUCACAGAUUCCUAUUUCAGCACCAGCUUUAUAGGAGUCAAUGGAUUUGGAAGCCCUGUAGAAACAAAGUAUCCCUUGCUGCAGAGAAUGACUAAUAGUAGCAGCUCCCCAAGCCUUCUAAAUGACAGUGCCAAGCCAUAUGCAGGCCAUGAUCCUCUCACUUCACCUGCUUCAUCCUUGUUUAAUGACUUUGGUGCCCUCAACAUCUCUCAGAGAAGAAAGCCAAGGAAGUAUCGCCUGGGGAUGCUGGAGGAGAGGCUAGUUCCGAUGGGAUCAAAGGCACGAAAAGCAAAGAACCCUAUUGGCUGCCUUGCUGACAGGUGUAAAUCAGGAGUACCCAUCAAUAUGGUUUGGUGGAACAGACUCACAGAAAACAAUUUACAGACACCAAAUCCUACUGCAAGCGAGUUUAUUCCUAAAGGAGGAUCAACCUCCAGGCUGAGUAAUGUGUCCCAGUCAAAUAUGUCUGCCUUCUCUCAAGUUUUCUCUCACCCAUCCAUGGGAAGUCCUGCUGCUGCUGGAUUAGCACCAGGAAUGUCAUUGUCUGCUGGGUCUUCCCCUCUUCAUUCCCCCAAGAUCACUCCACAUACUUCUCCUGCUCCCAGAAGAAGAAGUCACACUCCAAAUCCAGCAAAUUACAUGGUGCCUUCUAGUGCCUCUACACCUGUUAAUAAUCCUGUUUCUCAGACACCGUCCUCUGGUCAGCUGAUUCAAAAGGAAACUGUCGGCGGGACGACAUACUUCUAUACAGACACAGCUCCAGCCCCUUUGACUGGAAUGAGAUCUUUCAAAAAUUAUCACAGAACAGCUUGCCGAACAGAAGGUCAAAUAAUUGAGGUUUUUCCAAACUAUCAUAUUUAUCCUCCAACUGCACCUCAUGUUGCUUAUAUGCAACCAAAAGCAAAUGCACCUUCAUUCUUCAUGGCCGAUGAGCUCCGACAGGAGCUCAUUAACAGACAUUUAAUAACAAUGGCUCAAAUUGAUCAAGCAGAUAUGCCAGCAUUCCCUGCAGAAGUCGACAGCUAUCAUAGCCUAUUCCCUCUAGAACCACUGCCACCACCCAACCGAAUACAGAAAUCAAGUAAUUUUGGCUACAUUACAUCUUGCUAUAAAGCUGUGAAUAGCAAAGAUGAUCUGCCAUAUUGCCUUCGGAGGAUCCAUGGUUUUCGUCUUGUUAACACAAAAUGCAUGGUGUUGGUUGAUAUGUGGAAAAAAAUUCAGCACUCAAAUAUUGUAACCUUGCGUGAGGUAUUUACCACUAAAGCAUUUGCAGAGCCUUCUCUUGUGUUUGCAUAUGAUUUCCAUGCUGGAGGAGAAACUCUGAUGAGCAGACACUUUAAUGACCCCAAUGCUGAUGCCUAUUUCACAAAGAGAAAAUGGGGUCAACAUGAUGGACCAUUGCCCAGACAGCAUGCUGGAUUAUUGCCAGAAUCUCUUAUUUGGGCAUAUAUUGUCCAAUUGAGUUCUGCACUGCGUACCAUUCACACAGCAGGUUUGGCAUGUCGAGUUAUGGACCCAACAAAGAUUCUGAUAACUGGCAAAACGAGGUUGCGAGUAAAUUGUGUUGGUGUAUUUGAUGUCUUAACAUUUGAUAACAGCCAGAAUAAUAAUCCAUUGGCAUUAAUGGCUCAAUACCAGCAAGCAGAUCUGAUAUCAUUAGGAAAAGUUGUGUUGGCUUUGGCUUGCAACUCUUUGGCAGGAAUUCAGCGAGAGAAUUUACAGAAAGCCAUGGAACUGGUGACAAUCAACUACUCUUCUGACCUGAAGAAUCUGAUUUUGUAUCUGUUGACUGAUCAGAACAGGAUGCGAAGUGUUAAUGACAUCAUGCCCAUGAUCGGUGCUCGAUUUUAUACUCAGUUGGAUGCUGCUCAAAUGAGAAAUGAUGUCAUAGAGGAGGACCUUGCAAAGGAGGUUCAAAAUGGAAGACUGUUUAGGCUUCUAGCAAAAUUGGGAACAAUCAAUGAGAGGCCGGAGUUUCAGAAGGAUCCUACCUGGUCAGAGACCGGAGACCGUUAUCUGUUGAAACUCUUUAGGGAUCAUCUUUUUCAUCAGGUGACAGAAGCAGGUGCUCCUUGGAUUGACCUCAGUCAUAUCAUUUCUUGUCUUAACAAGUUAGAUGCUGGUGUGCCAGAAAAAAUAAGCCUCAUUUCCAGAGAUGAGAAGAGUGUACUUGUGGUGACUUACAGUGACUUAAAGCGCUGCUUUGAAAACACUUUUCAAGAACUGAUUGCAGCUGCCAAUGGCCAGUUGUAGUAUUUGCUAACAGCACGCAGGACAUGGCUGAGGAGCUUAACCUAUAGCGAAUUGCACUACAGCUGAACUGUUUUCAUCAUCUCAUUUCACGUCUGGGAAACAGAAGAUGAGCAAAGCUGCUUGCAUUUCAAUCAGGUACACUGUUACUUGAAAGGAAGAAUGUUUCAAUCAUCCUAGAGCUGUGGCUGCCAUUGGGGCCAAAUCUGUGAAGAAUUUAUUUUAGAUUAAGGAGCACCAUUAGGCGACUGAUGUUCCAGCUUUGGUUUUUUUCCACUUGUAUAUGCACUAAUUUUAAUUUUCUUAAGACUUUUUUCUGAUCUUUGAACUUUUGCCACAUUGUAUACUUAUUAAGGGAAUCUAUUUGCAAGGAUAUUUUUUGGAAACAAUGCUGGACAGCAUUUUUGUCAGUGAGGGUUGCAGAAUUUGCUCUUUUGGGGAUGGGUUGCCCUGAAUAAUGUAAUGGACCAGGUAAAUAAUUUCACAGUUCAAUGUAGCGCAUAAUUCUUGUAAGAGUAUUGUAUGCAAGCUCUAUAUGCCACCCACUGUUAGUUCAAAUUGAGAUUUUUGUUUUGUUUUAAAGAACACACAAAAAGAAAUAUCAGUGAAUUUUGUUAGAUACAAAUUCCCCUAUUACUUGAUUUAAAUCCUUUCUGUAAAGAUUGGAUAAACAGUAACUGAAGGAGCUCAUAGAACUUUUUGCUCCAAAUUCAACCAGAGCCUUUUGUAAAAAAGAUGUUUCCUGCUAGUCAGAUACAUUUACAUUUAUGCAAUCUUUUUUAAAUAGAAAAAAUUGAGAAAUUGUGUUAAAGGACUGAAGUUUGCUUUUUUUUUUUUUUUUUGUAUAAAGUUUUGUUCUUUAAACCACAGCUUUAUUAUGGUACUUUACACUGGAUACAGACACAGAGACACUGUUCAGAAGAUGAGCUAAACACAGCAGUGGUCUGGCAUCAAGAGCUUCUGAAGUUUUAUAGCCUGAAUCUGGAGGGAUAACAAUCUGCUGUGCCUUUGCAGUCACUGCUUAGCCCAAAGUCAUAGUGCUUUUAAUAAUAAUAUGUGGGAUAUUCCUGAAUAAGUCAAUCUCAAAUCUUUGGAAUUUUCCUCCUCUUAACCUUUCUUAAUAUUUGGACGUGCAGUUGUCGCCAAACUUGUGUAUUCAUGGAAUUUCUAGUUAAUGAAAUACUUAUACUUUGAUACUGAAGACUGCCAAAUACAUAGGAAUUUUCUUUCUUAAAAAACAGUAAUGAAGACUGUAUCUCCUUUCCCAGCACUGAAUGUUUUACUAGCACUGGGUGCUCACCAAGCAACUAUGAAGAAAAUGUGGAAACUCAAAAGAUCAGGAAAGACUUCCAAGCACUUGCAACCGAUGUUAUGGUUUUCAAUUUUAAUGAUUAUACAUAUUUGUAGUUUUCAGAGAAGUUUUUAAUAUUUCUCUGUCCACUUUUUAUAAGCUUUAAAAUGAUUUUUUCUGCCUUGAGAUUUGCAUCAAGGAAAAGCACCUCUCUUCACCUGAAAGCUUUGAAGACUAGAGACACGCUUCUCACAUUGUUAACAAGUGAGUCCACCUGUGUUAAAAAGAAAAUCAAUGAUUGCAUUUGAUCUGGAUGGAUUUUAAAAGAACAUAAUGUUUAAUAUUCAAAUGAUAACAUUUGCCACCGUAAUGUUCUUUUUAUGUAAAAGGAACAGGAACUUGGAGACAUUAACAUGCAAAAGUCUUUUAUCAUUAGCUCAUGUAUUUGAAGAAGAGCAGCUGUCUUUUUAUAUGUUUUUUGACAAAUCAUAUUGUAAUUCUUUUGUACAAAAAAGAACUACUUGUAUUCUAGAAGAAAUAUGAAAUGCUUAAUUUAUAAGCAGGCUGGAGAUUUUUUCCAAUAUUGUUUUCUUUGAAAAUGAAAGGGGAUCAUCUAUUUUCGUUUUGGGGUCUGGCAACUUUUUGAAAAUUUAAUUUGUGGACCAAUGUUUUGUGAAAGCUAAGGAAAGGCAGGGGUAGAAUAGGGCUUGAAUUUCUCAUUCUGUAUAGACCAGCAAACUCCCCUCUGCAAGGCAGGUUCAAAUCACAAACCCAAGAAUGUUUGUGUUAUAAAUGCUAGUUUGCUUCAGCCCCUAAUAACCUCAGGACUUGGUUUGAAUAUAAAACAUAUACAGCUCAUAUGUUUUCAUGAGUAAAUAUCAUCAGCCUGAAAACAGUUGGUGUCAGGUAAUACAUAUUUUUUUAAGCUUUGUUUUAUAUUUAUUUUUCAUUUAGUUUUUAUUGGGAAUGGUUUUCAAUAGAACUCUUAGUUCUGCUUAGGUGUUUUUUGGGGGAGCCCUCUUUUCCAUAGUGUAAUUCCAUUUAAGAGGUUGUCUAAAAGUUAGUCUUUUUAAUUAAUAGGAAGAUUUUAUUCUUUGAGAAGAGUCAAAUUAAGGAUAUAAACUUCCAUACCUUCCUGUUACGAUAGUUAAAAGCACAGAAAGGACAACCCUUGAAAUCAUGUAGCGUUGGUCAUUUCCAAUUUUUGUACCUAUUUUAAAUUCUGUUAGUGUAUUUACUUCAUUGUAAAUAUUUUUGAGGGUACCUUUGUAUUUUGCUUUUGACCUUGGUUCUGUGAUUUGGAUGUCAACAACUUCCCUAAAAAGCACCAGUAUGUUAAGUUCUAAUGUCAUGAUCCCAAAUUGGGUUAUUCAUCUUUAAUCCUGUUUUCAGUCUCUAUGUGUACAGCAGUAUUUUUAAUAAAGAAUUACAGAAAGAAACUCAU